CUGAUCAUCCUCUCCUAUGUCCUAAAUGAGCUGAGCAGAAGAUCGGAAUAACUGAGCCGGCAGGAGCUGUGGAGGACACGGCCAGCCAUGGCGAAGCCGUGGGGGCUCCUCUCCCGGUUCCUCCUCUUCUCCGUGGCGUUCGCGCUCGGCAUGGCGUCCAACUUCCUCCUCCGAUCCCUCCCCAACUCCGCCACCCCCACCACUACCGUGAUCCAGCUCGCCGACACCGUCCCGUCGGCACCACCGCCGCCACCGCCUCGCGCGAAGAAAGAGGAUCAGCAGCUUGGCAAAGAAGAAGGAGGAGGCGGAGGCGCCGGCAGAGUGGUGAUGCUGCACAACAUGACGGACGACGAGCUGCUGCUGCGGGCGUCCAUGACCACAGCGUCGCCGAGGAUCAAAGGGAUCAGCGCGCUGCAGGCGCUGGGCGCGCCCAAGGUGGCAUUCAUGUUCCUGGUGCGCGGGGACCUGCCACUGGCGCCGCUGUGGGAGAGGUUCUUCGAGGGGCACCGUGGGAUGUACUCCGUCUACGUGCACCCGGACCCCUCCUACGCCGGCUCGCCGGAGAAAGGGUCCUCGUUCUACGGCCGCAGGGUGCCCAGCAAGGAAGCCCGGUGGGGCAAGUCCAGCAUAGCGGAGGCCGAGCGGCGGCUCCUGGCCAACGCGCUCCUGGACGUCGGCAACGCACGCUUCGUCCUCCUCUCAGAGUCCUGCAUCCCUCUCUUCAACUUCACCACGGUCCACUCCUACCUCACUCACUCCACCACCUCCUUCGUGGAGCUCUUCGACGCGCCGGGCUUCCACGUACGCGGCCGCUACAGGCCGGCCAUGGCGCCGACGGUGACGCCGGCCCACUGGCGCAAAGGGUCCCAGUGGUUCGCGGCCGACCGCGGGCUGGCGCUUGAGGCCGUGGCCGACGAGACCUACUUCCCCGUGUUCCAGCAGCACUGUGCCCCGCCCUGCGUCAUGGACGAGCACUACUUGCCCACCUUCAUCGCCGCUUUCUCCGGGAGGAGUUCCCGGAACGCCAACCGGACGCUCACCUACGCCCGCUGGACGCCCGGGAGCCCGCACCCGGAGAGCUACGGCAAGGACCUGGUCACCGCCGAACUGCUGGAGGGUGUCAGGAAUGACCGGAACUGUACAACCGACGGUGGCCUGAGUGACGGGGAGAUUUGUUAUCUUUUCGCGAGGAAGUUCUUGCCGGCCGCGUUGCCGGAGCUGCUUAGGCUGGCACCCAGGAUCAUGGGUUACGGCUGACUGCAACCAAUGCUACAUGCUUUAGAUUCCAAGAUUUUUUU